UACCUGGCCAUUGAAUCUGGGCGUUUCAUUAAAAGCAAGGUUAUUAGGCAUUUACUUUAAAACAAAGUUUUAAAAAGUGUAACUUGUGGGAGACAAUAAUUUCAUGAGAUUUUUUGUUAUUUUGCUGACACUUUAAGGAUAAACUUAUACCUCUUAUCUAAUCUUUUCACCUCAACUUUAAGAUAUCUUUUGCUAAGAUUUAUUUUUUUUGACUCAGUAUAUUAAGACAAUGGGCUACUCUGUCAUACCGCUUGCUGUCGUCUCUGGUUUUUGGGCCGUUGUCGGCUUAGUGGUACCAUUUUUUAUACCAAAAGGACCAAACAAAGGAAUAAUACAAUGGUCGUUGGUUCUUACGGCUGCCUGUUGCUGGCUCAUCUACAUUUGUACAUAUUUGGUACAAAUGAACCCUCUCGUAGGCCCAAGGAUUAAGUCUGUAGUUUUGAUGAACAUGGCAAGAGAAUGGGGAAAUGAAAUAAAAGAGGGCUGAGUGAAUAGACUGUGGAAGAGCUCCAUCGUUGUAUGAUGUUCCUUAGAUUUUUAUGUUAUAAAUAUUAAAAUCAGUAUUGUAACAGUUGUCAGUAUUAAUCAAAUAUAAUUUUUGUGAAGGUCAA